GUUUCGAAAAUCCAUUUUGUUUUUGACUUUUCGCGCGGUUAGCUGCUGUCCAGUGAUACAGCUAAGCACACUUCCGCUAAAUUCAAAAUGGCGAACAAAGUGGAGGGAAAAACAAAUGUACAAUUUGUAUGUCUUUUUGCCCAAGAACACGUGGAUUUUAGAAUAUCGGAGUUGUUAUCAGUCUCUGGUAUGUUUGGUUUUGAAGUAGUUGUGGACAGAAAGGACUACAGAAAAGAAAAUCCUUACCUUGAGAUUUGUCUGCCAAACAAAGACUGUGCAAAGAACCUGCUAUCAAGAACAGUUUCCAUUAAGUCUGUUUAUGAAUUGUGGGGACAAGGAGAAAAUUUAACAGCAUUAAAAGAUAACAUUCUCCAAUAUCCACCUGAUAAAAUGAACACUUUCACAUCCAGUGACAAAUCCUUUAAAAUUAGCAUUGAGUCCUUUAAUAAAAAGUUGUCUAUAAGUCAACAGAGGGAGUUUAUUGAUCAAUUCCAAUUCCUUCCUUUUCAAGGCUGUGUCAAUCUGACAGCACCUGAUAAUCUGUUUGCACUGCUGUUGGACUAUGGAGAUGACCCCAAUGAAGCCCCUCCAAUUCCUCAGAGGUUGUUCUUUGGUCGCUUGGUUGGGCAUGGUCAGCGUCACCUUUUCAAACAGUAUUCACUCAAGACGAGGCGUUUUAUUGGUAACACUUCCAUGGAUCCACAGCUGUCAUUCCUGAUGGCCAAUCAGGGACAGGUCCGUUCAGGCAGCCUCGUCUUUGAUCCCUUCGUUGGAACAGGUAGUGUUCUUGUGGCCUGCGCCCAUUUUGGUGCCCAUGUGAUAGGAAGUGACAUAGAUUAUACACUGCUUCACGGGAGAGGUAGAAGUUCACGAGCCAACAGGAAAGGCCAGUGGAGAGGUCGUGAUGAGAAUUUUCGGGCAAACUUCGCGCAGUAUGGACUCGACAGUUAUUUCGUUGACAUACUCAUAGCUGAUGCUGGGAGACUGGGACUGCGAGAAAUUCCUUUGUUUGAUGCAAUCAUAACAGACCCACCUUAUGGAAUCCGAGAAGGCGCUCGUAAGUUAGACACAAAUAUGGAAAGUCAGGAGGAAAAUGAUAGUGCUGAUCAGACGUCACCGUGUUCAGCGGUGCGUGGCUGUCGCCUGUCAGAAAUUCUCACGGCAUUACUGGAUCUGGGAGCUCGAUAUCUUGUUCUUCACGGCCGGCUCGUCUAUUGGCUUCCAAUUUAUCGGCCAAGUUACUCAGACGAGUUUCUGCCCAGUCACCCUUGCCUCAGACUUGUAGCGAACAGUGAGCAGUGUUUAUCAAGACACGUGUCUCGGCGACUGAUCACCAUGGAAAAGAUCAAAGAGCACACGGUGGGAGGUCAAAACAUGUCCGUGGUACAUCAAAAGUUCUUGGAAUCGUGUGAUAACUUUAGGGAUAACUACUUUAGCCAGCAAAGCACGUAACCAUUGAAAUGGUGUAUCAUGACAUCGAGGCACACCAUGUGCUCUUAACGCGAUGCACCGUAACGUAAUCGUGUGUGGCUGAAUAAUGGCGGUAUUAGCGAUGGUGUUUGAAAGUGAUGAACGGAAGCGGCUAGAUGCAUUUUUGUCUUCAAGGGACUCUACAAUGCUCAUGGUUUCGAAAGUAUCGAAAGUCGACUUCAAGAGGUUCGAUUCUUACAUGUUGCAAUAUUCUUUGCAAUCUGUUAUCUGUUGAAAAUCUCAGAGGUUAGAAAAAAUAACUUUAGAUCUGUUACAUCAAGUUUCAUUUUACAUCAGGAGCUGUUUAUGGUCACGUGUUCUAGCGAAAUGAAGCACAUACAUGCUGUGCUACUGACAUCGUCUCAGUUGACAGAAAGAAAAACAAACAAACAGAAGAAAAAAACACGCUAUAAAAAGUGCGAAAUAUCCCAUUAGUAACAUUAGAGCAAAAAACAAACAAACAAUCAAAAACACUCUUUUGAGAAGGUCGCGUCCUUGUAUCUGUCAAUCUUUUAAAAUACGUGUUUUGGAUCACGUCAUGAAAAAGCUCUUGCUUUCUAUCUUACAACCCUCUUGUUUAUGAUUUGUAGAAUCAUAAGAGCCCGCGGUACAGGCUCUGUGAACUGCAUGUUUAACAACAAACACGCCAAGAUUCUGCGACUGAUUUGCACGCUAUUCGGACUACUAAAUCAGUUAUCUUUCAGAGUCUACCCUCUACUGAUUAUCGGAUAUGUAGUUCUCUGUUCUGAAUAUCACGCAUUUUUUGUUGACUUG